AUGACCCGUCGCCAGCCCUUUUUCUUCUUCUUUCCAGAGGAAGACGAGCCUCCGUCUCCUCCGUCGCUCCCUCCUCCGUCUCCUCCGCCGCCCCCUCCCCCAUCUCCGUCACUUUCUUGGACACUUUUUCCGUCACUUCCUCCGUCGCCUGACGAACCUCCGUCACCACCUCCGUCGCCGCUGCCAGAGGAAGACCGGUCCCCGUUAGAAGAGGAUCCGCUAUCGGACGAGCUUGAGCCGCUAUCGCCACCGUCCGACGAAGAGCUCUUUUUACUCUUCUUCUUUUUCUUGGAUCCAGAUGAAGAGGAGGAAGAAGACGACGAAUCGCCGUCAUUCCCGUCGCUGGAAGAAGACGACGACUUUUUCUUCUUGCUCUUUCCUUUUUUCUUCUUAGACGACGAGGACGAGGAGGAGGAACCUUCGCCGUCUCCAGACCCCGACGAAUCACCACCGUCGGAUCCUGAAUCGGACGACGACGAGGAACCGCCGCCGCUGUCAGAGGACGAAUCCGAAGACCCUGAUGAAUCUCCUGAAGAAUCUCCUGAAGAAGAAUCGCCGUUGCUAUCAGACGACGAUCCGCUGCUCUUGGAACUUUUUUUGGAUUUCUUCUUUUUAGAAGACGAUGACGAUGACGAAGAAUCUGAGGAAGAAUCCGAAGAGGAGGAAGAGCUCUUCUUUUUCUUCUUUCCGCUGGAGCUGGACGACGAAUCAGACGAGGACGACGAGCCUGACGAUUUAUCGGACGAACCGCUGGAACUUCCGUUUCUAUCGCCUCCACCAUCCCCAUCGCUCGAAGAAGAUUCUGACGAGGACGACGAUUUUUUAUCUGACGAUGAGUCGGAGCUUCCAGAGUCUGACGACGAAGACGACGAGUCGCCACCGCCGCCGUCGCCACCUCCGUCGCCACUGCCAGAGUCUGACGACAAACCGUCGCCAGAGUCGGAUGACGAGGCUAGUUGCCGCCUCCGAAUGUGCCUCAAACGAGGGGACGAUGCCGACCUCAACCCGACAGUACCGUAA